UGUGUACUAGCGGUAUAUUCCUACGGUCUAAGCACUGUCAGACAGUGCAGUCUACAAUUUACAGCGACGCAAUGAACACCAGCCCAGUAUUAUUAGGUCCACUAUAGCACAGUGAUUUAACCUGAUGACAUCUAGAUCAAAGGCCCAGUUGGCACCCCUGCCAUGGACAGAGAUCCUUGCGUAUUGGGUGCUGUCCUUUGGCUCACAUCUCUACUCUUUCUACCAACUGCACAGGUUCUCCAAAGAACAUGAAGUGGGACUAGAAAGAGGAUUGCAGUUGGAAAAAGGCCUUCUUAAGGGUUUUAAAAGGGACCCAUCAGACUUUGAGUGGAGUUUCUGGACUGAAUGGGCGAAGACAUCUUUACUUUGGACCCUGACUGGUCAUGGCAUCAUAUCAAGAUUGACCAGCAUCUUUUAUCCCAAGCUUAGGGUGCCAGCACUCACCAUAUAUGGCCUCUUAGCAGCCAGCAGCGUGUUGGGGGUUAAAGGUGUGAGUGUGCUGCUGGUACAUCUGGGACUGUCCUUUUCAGUGGCCCAACUGCGCAAACCUGCUCUGUCCUGGGCUUUAAAUCUGCUGCUGCUCUCUACACUUCACAUCCAACCACUUCAAGAGGUCCAGAGAGGCUGGUACAAGACGGAGGAGGAGUACUAUCUGCUGCUCUUCAGUGUUGCUGUCUGUGGUCUACGCUUCAUCAGCUUCAGUCUGGAGCAUUGCUGGUGCCCAACUGAACAUGGUGGACUUGUGCAGCUCUGCUGGUUGUUUUCAUACACCUUCUAUCAUCCUUUUUUCUACAAUGGACCCAUUAUCACGUACAAAGACUACAUUGAGCAGAUGCGCAGGUCUGCUGAGGAGAGUGACAGGGACCAUUCUGCUUUUAGUUACUUGGUGCUCAGAUCAGGACGGAUCAUACUGUGGUGGUGCAUUGCAGAAUACAUGAUCCAUGUAAUGUACAUGCACUCCAUCCAGUCCAAUGAGACCUAUUUAGAGAUUCUUCCUCCUUGGGCCUUGGGCGGUCUGGCCCUGGCCCUGGUCCAGUUCUUCUAUGUGAAGUACCUGGUACUCUUUGGCCUUCCCUCCAUGUUGGCUACUGUGGAUAAACUAGUUCCCCCAAAGCUUCCUUCUUGUGUCAGCAUCAUGUACAGUUUCACAGGGAUGUGGAGGCACUUUGAUGAGGGGCUGUAUCGAUGGCUCAUCAGAUACAUCUAUGUGCCGUUGGGAGGUUCACGACACGGCCCUCAUUACAAGUUGUUAUCCACUGGCCUUGCGUUCGGAUUCGUCUGUCUGUGGCACGGCGGCCAUGACUACUUACAGUACUGGGCCCUGAUGAACUGGGCGGGAGUUCUGGUGGAAAACGGAGUGAAGUCUCUCUUUGCUUCACCCUUGAUUCACUCCACUGUUGAGCAGAAUUUCUCUCCGGCGAUGAAAAGGCGUUCCAUCGCCUUUCUCUCUGCCUUCUCCACUGCCAUGCUCAUCCUCUCUAAUCUUGUGUUUCUUGGGGGGAUACAUGUUGGCAGAAUCUUCUGGAAGCGUGUCUUCAUUCAAGGCUGGUCGACCACGGCCCCACCUAUGCUGGCCUUCCUCUACUGCUUUGCACAGAUUGGACUAGAGAGGACUUCUCGCCCGCCAUGAGUCACCUUGACUUUAUUAACAGAGUGAGAAUCUGUGCUGCCGGACAACCAGAACAACCUGCUGAGUCCACUGCCUCGUUUCCACCACCCCGCGUCUCUGUGGCGAGUCUGGCUCAUGGCCACUGAACCUGUCCUAACCCGGCUGAAGUGCAGCUGAGCAGCCACUUUCCACGACCUGCAGGAACCGGGCAAAAUCUGUCUGCACGCUAAGACUUAAAGGAUCAGUGUUGAUUCUUUCCAAGGAGAGAUUUUUAUAUACACCAUGGAAAAUUUAAGUGCACAUUAACUGUAAUAGAAUGAAAGUGAUGCUAUAAAAUAAGGGCAGUUGCUAUAUAAGUCAUAUUCUGCCUUGGCAUGUUUUCUACCCAUUAAGCUGCAGUGAAUCACUGUUAUUCUAAGAAACUGUAAAGGAAAAUAUGGACCUUGAAUCUGUCACGGUUAUAUGACUGAUAAGGUAUUGCUCAGCGGUGCAGAAAGCUGGAGAAAUGCUAAUUUCACAUUUACUAUCCUCCCUUAGCUCGCCACAAAAACAGGUGCGUAUUCAGAGGUUGUCAAUAGACAGAAGACUGAUUAGAGCAGCAGGAACCUGAUCAAUGUCAUUAUUUCCCUGUAGAAUGACACUAGUAUUAGUAGAUGCAUUGCUAAAAAGCUGUAGAGCGACUACACACUAGCUUUCAAGUCGACAAAGUUACACUGGAAUGUAGAGGAAAGCAAGAACAAAAACAAUAUGGUUUACUUUUUUAUGUGUUGUUAUGUAUCACCUUGUACCUUCAAAACGUCAACCAAAUUCAGAACCAGUUGUCGUGUUUGGAUUAAAACUUUGUAUGUCUA